AUGUCCGGCUUCUACAGUCAUCAGAAGUCGGCGUCAACGCUCUCGUUCGACAGCAACGAGAGAAGCUUCUCGCUCUCGUCUCGCCCGGCGACGGCCAGCAUGGAUCGCCCUGGCCCGUCGCGCGGCUUCCACUCCAACUCUUCCUCCGUCUCGCUUGGCAACAGCGUCGCAAACCCAAAUCGCAACGGCGGUGCACCCAUGCACGCAAUGAUGGUGCCCGGCAUGGUGGUGCCUUCGACGGAUCGCCCUGACCCAAACUCGCCCUUCUCGCAGUGGGAGGCCUACAUCGUAAAGCAGACGCACGAAUGGUCCGACAAGCGCGCAAAGGCCGUCGCCUCGCCGCCCCCCGCCGCCAACAGCCCGCGCAUCGUCUGGGCCGACCAGAUCCGCAAGUCUACGCCCCAGGUCCAACCGCUGGCAUACACAAAGGCGAGAGACCGCGUUGCCAGUCCACCGCCCCAGGGCCCCCCUCCGCCUAACCCGCGCGGCUUGCUGCGCAAGGCUUCCUUCGACGUCUUUCGCAGCAUGCCCGACGGCGGCCGCACCACGCCUUCGCCGCCCUCGUCCACCAGGCCGAGCAUCUCGUCGCCCAUCAUCCCCAAGUCCAUUCUCACCACGGCGCCAGCUCCCGUUCACGCCUCACCGGGCUCGCUCUCCGCCUCUGCAUUCCUGGAUACCUCGAUGCGGUCGCUGCCGGACCCGAGCGGGGUGCCGCACAACGUCGAGUCGCACGCCUCGUCCAUCCGCAGCCUCUCGCCUCUGCCGCUCUCGCUGCCCACCGACGACUUUUCCGCCUCGCUGCUCAUCGGCCUCGACAAGCGCGCUUCCACCGCUUCCACCUCGUCUGGCCGCGCACCGGGACCGUCGGACCUCAUCGCUGCACCUCUGCCCGCCAUCUACAGCCCAGACAUGACCGGCCCGCCGUCGAUCGCCGACACCUACUCGGUGCACUCGCGCCGCUCGUCGUGGGCCAGCUCGGUCGAUCUCGACCCCGCCAUCAUCUGCACGCCGCCUCUGUCGCACGACGGUUGGCAGGACCAGCCGCAGCCCGCCCGCCCCACCUUCCUCGCCGAGUACGGCCUCGACCAAGACAGCGACGAGAGCGAGACCGAGUGUAGCGUGUAUCCCGACGAGGAGCAGGUGGCCGCACCGCUGCCCAGCGUCGCAGACGAGGAGAAGCAGCACCAGCAGCACCAGGAGAUGCCACCACAGCCGGUCUUCCAGCGCCUCGAGGCGGAUCUGCCUUUCAACGCGUACGGAGACGACCUCGGCGGAACGACCCGCAUCGGACCCAACGGCUCGCCGCUGCCUCGCCUCGAAAUCUCGACACUUCCGCGCGAGAAGGACGAGGUGCAAAAGGCGCGUGCACGCAUCAUGAGCCCCAGGUCGUUCAGGAAGGCCUUCUCCUCCAAGAAGAAGGGCUCGGCUUCGGGCUCGGGCUCGGCUUCAACCGGCUCGCGUGCGAGCGAGUCCUCGCCAAGCCUGCCCAACAGCAGUUCAGAGGACGUCGGCAAGGUCGAGGUGCCUUCGGAGCCGGUGACCGCCGCGUCGCCCGCGGCUGAACCCUCGCAGCUGCCCAGCCUGGCCAAGGACGACAUGACGUCGUGGGCCGCCGCCAUCCCUGCGCAAGCACCCCCGCCCACUUCGCCGCAGCUCGCAGAGCCUACCUCGCCCGUGCCGCAGGCACCUGCGAUGGAGGCGACGGCGUCGAGCGAUUCGUACCCUCAACUCGAGACGCCGUCCGAAGCAAACUUGUCCAUGCCGCUCUCUCCCGCGUUCAGCACCAUGACGCCCUCGAUCUCGUCGGAGCUCUCGCGCGACAACGCCUCGUCGACGCACUCGUUUGGACAGAACUCGUUCGGCCAGAGGAGGCACCGCAUCGUGACGCCCGGCCUGACCAAGGUCGCCUCGUCGCCGACGAUCGAGGCCGGCGCGGCUCCAUCGCUGGACCCACAUCUGGCGCGGGCGAUGACGCGCGCGCGAUCCAGCGGCAGCGUCAGCUCGCACACGCCGUCGGUCGCGCUGAGCAACUCGUCGUCGACGCGACGCAACUCGCGCCGAAGCGGUCGCAGCCGCAUCACGGACGGCAUGCCGAGCUUUGCCAACAUGGCCAGCACGCUCGCUGUGCCAAUCGCCGACCAGCGCCGGCUGUCGAACCGCAGUCUGUCGAGCGAAGGCUCGAUCGACAACCACAGCAACGCGUCCAACGGCUCGAGCUAUGCCAAGGUCGGCGGAUCGUCGGACGAGGGUGUGCCCGCGCUGGCCGUGUCGACCGCGACGGCGGUCAAGGGCGUGCUGCGCAAGCGCUCGCCGUCCGAGACGUCGUCGCUGCUGUCGCCGCGCAAGGAGGUGUCGUUCAACCUGCCCGUGGGCGAGUUCGGUGCGGUCGAGGAGCGCGCGAGCGAGGAGGAGGAGCUGCUCGAGCACGAGCAGAAGCAGCGCGCGCACCUCAAGCUGCCGCCCAUGAAGCUGCAGGCGUCCGCCACGUCCGGCAUCGCGGCCGAGACGGCAGAAACUGCUGCGCUCAGCCAGGACGAUGCGGACAUUGUCAAGUUCCUCACCACAUUUGGCCGCGACAUCACGAGCGUCGAGUCGCUCGAGGUGCUCGAUACCGUCAAUGCUGGGACGGGCGAGUGGCCGAAGCGCGACGACUGGGACUCGCUGCCGGCGUACCUGCUUGCGUACACCACCACCCUGCUCUCGGCGUACAGCGACGACACGGCGACGAUGGUGUACUCGGCCGAGCGUGCGCCCAAAACCGUGCGCGGCAAGGCCAGCGCGCCCGUGCUCAGCACCAACCCGCUGUACACGGCCGUGGUGCGCAGCGUGCUCGGCAUCGCCAGCUGGGAGCAGCCGCUCGUGUCGCUUGGCGCCGCGGGCGUGUACGGCUACAGCUGGACAAAGGGCCGCCUGGGUACGGUCAUUCUGGUCGGUAUGGCGCUGCUGCUGGCCACGCAGGGCGCGGGUGCGAACGCGGAUGCCGGCAAAGAUCUCGCCGACGCAUACGGUAAGAUCGCGCCCGUGCUGCUCGGCGACGAGGCGACGCAGGAGCGCGUGCGCAACCUGGUGCUGCGCAGGUCGCCGCGCGCGUCGCUGCGCCUCAGCGGCCUGCUCGUCGUGCUCGCGGCUGCCGCGACGCGUGUCGCCAGCAGCGUGGUCAUGGGCCUGCCUGGUCUGCUGCUGGGCCUGGCGGUGUUCGUGUGGCUGCCCGUGAUCCUGCACCAGCCCAGCUGGGCACCCAAGUGGCUGAGCAGCGUCAACCCGCUCGAUGCGGUGCUGUACGAUGUGCCCACCGACGCGCAGCAUGCUAUUUGCACGCUGCGCCGCCGUGCGGCCGGUGGAGACCCGCUGGUCCAGCGCACAUGCUCGCUCGUGCUUUCGCCCACGCACUUUGACCACCGCGUGUCGGCACACGAGCUCGCGCAUGCCGGCGACGUGCUCGACGGCGCCUUCGCCGCGCAAAUCGACGGCGACUCGGGCCAUCUGUGCGUGCUCGCAUCGCGCGUCGUCUUCCGUGCGCUGACGGGGCGCACUGAGCAGCGCAGCACGAGUCUGGCGCAGGUGCUCGACGAGACGAGCGCAUGCAGGAUCACGCUCGACGUCCGACUCGAGAAGCUCGUCGCGCUCGAAAAGGUGCGCGGCGACGGGCUGAGGCUCAAGCUGCGUGGUGGACAGACGUUCGAGAUUGUCCAGGUGCACGAGCGCGACCAGGCCUUCAACCGCAUCCUUGCGCUGGCGCCGCACAAGUGGCACUAG